CCCACUUCACUCACAUCAUCAGUGAAGCUCCUCCCACAGUAAUUCCCUAAUAAAAGCUGGAAUAUUCCCAUCAGAUGAGCAUCAGAGCAUCAGGAAGAGCUGAAAUCUGCAAAGACUGAGUUUAUUAAAGAGGACAGUGAGAACAUGAGUGAUCCAGAACCCUGCAGAAUGAAACACACUGAAGAUACUGAAGAACAAAGAGACCUGAUGGAAGUGAAGGAGGAGAGUGAAGUGGAGGAGAAACGUCAUGACAAAUCUGUAGAAAAACCUUUGAGUCGCUCGAAGACUAAAAAGGCAUUUUUAAAGAAAACAAGAGCCAAGAAAUCUACAACCUGUACUCAGUGUGGAAAGAGUUUCACAACAAAGCAAAGUCUUGAGAUUCACAUGAGGAUCCACACCGGAGAGAAGCCAUUCACAUGUGAUCAGUGUGGGAAGAGUUUCACACAAUCAUCACACCUUAAAGAACACGUGAGAGUUCACACUGGAGAGAAGCCGUUCACAUGUGAUCAAUGUGGAAAAACAUUUGUUAAGACGUCAAAUCUGAAGACACACCAGGUAGUUCAUACGAAGGAGAAGCCACAUUCAUGUUCUGUGUGUGGAAAGAGUUUUUCACUGCUGCAGAGUUUACAAGAACAUCAGAAAAUACAUACUGGUGUGAGAGAGUACAUGUGCUUUGAGUGUGAGAAGACUUUUACUACAGCAAAAUGUUUAAAACAGCACCAGAGAAUUCACACUGGAGAAAAACCUUACAAGUGUUCAUACUGUUACAUGAGAUUCAUUCAGUCAUCAUCUCUGAAAACACACGAGAGGAUCCACACUGGAGAAAAACCUUACAAGUGUUCACACUGUGACAAGAGAUUCAGUCAGUCAUCAUAUCUGAAAACACACGAGAGGAUCCACAGCAGAGAGAAGCUGCACACGUGUGAUCAGUGUGGAAAGAGUUUCACUAUUAAACGCUACCUGAAGAUGCACACGAAGAUCCAUGCAGUGGAGAAACCACAUCACCACAUUCUGAAAUAAGUAGUUAAUUUGUAUUUUUAAUAUGUAUCUAUAAUUCUCUGUUAUGCCAGACAAGGAAUGUGGCAAUGUCACUUUGUAAAAAAAGACUAAGCGUCUGCACACAAACGCCCAUACCUAAACACGCAAAUGAAUGGCAAGAACGCAUUAAAAGUCUUCUGUUUUCAGUUAAAAGGUGUCAUUUAAGUUGCCUCUAAGUUAAUAAUUAACGAUGUUUACAAUGGAAGUGAUUCAGUCAAAAACUUAAUUUAGCUCAAUUUUUUUUUUUUUUUUUUCCUGGAGCUGCUUUAAAGCCAAAAUAAUCUCUGUCCAUUAAUUGUCCUAUUAUCACUGUGAAGCUGCUUUAAAACAAUCUGUAUUGUAAAAAGCGCUAUAUAAAUGAAGAUGACUUGACUUGUAUUAUUACGUCCCGAGGCUGUGAUGUAUUAAUAUUUAUGAUUGAGGUGUGUUUAUGUUGCCAUCUGUUGUUUUCUUUCUCUGUGUCUCUCUCUCACUCUGCUUGUUCAACAGUCACUAACUGUCCAGAGCUGAAGCUCAUCAUUGAGAGUGUGCUGCAGAGACUGAUCCGUAUAAGAGAGCAGAAGAAACAGUGUUGGAGAGAGGUUCACUUCUCCCCUGCUCCAGACUUAGUUAAGUGUUACCCAGUAUUCAUGUUGAUUACCAGUCUUGAGAGAUCAUUAAUCCUGUUGAAUCUGAAAACUUGUGUGUUUUCCUGUUAAAAGUAAACUCUGAAUUCCCUGUUGUCUGCUGUGAUACAGCUAGUGAGUUUCUACCCAAGUCUAUUUCUUUAUUACAAUAUAUUAAGCCAUUGUAUCUUUGUUUAAUGGUUGGAAGCAGUAGGAAGAGGGUACUA